UUUUUUUUUUUAAACCACUGUCUCACUUGUUGGACAAGUUCCUGGUGACUCCACAGGUUCCAAGUUGAGAAACCCAGUCCCAGCCCUGCCGGCCACCAGAGAGAGACUACAGGGUUAAUUCGGCCCCUGCUCCAGUGAACACUUUUACAGGUCAGGGACCACAAGCCAAUCAGGAAGCGGGGCUGCGGUUGGGGCCCAGCUGGAUCCGCCCAGAAAGGGGAGGGUCUUCCCUUGCCUCCACCAAACACGGGAGAAGUUCGGGUGUUUCCUAAGGCAGACCAACCCGGCAAACAAAAGCUCGGGUUCAGGGCCCUAACUGCUCUGGCGCCUGAGGGUCUGCGGAUCAAAUUCCGACCCUGACCUUGAGCAGCCCUGGCUGCGGCUGAGUAAUUUAGAUUCGGCUAGAACUCCGCAGAUCCACCCUGGAGCGCAGCUUUUAGAGAGAGAAUGAGGUUUUUGGAAAUUGUGCGUCCUCUUUGAGGUUGCGAAUUUUGUUUCAAGGUGCCCGAAGGGUUUUGUACACACGUUUCACACCACUCGCCAGUUUAUUUUCCCAUAUUUUCCAGGCUAACGGUCUCUCCUGGAGUGUGCUCAGGGGUUUCGGACACUCUUGCCCAGGCUUGGACCUGGGACACGCGGCACCCAGUUUUGACUACUAGGGAGAUUAAAUUAUGAAGCCUGAUUCCCAGGGGGGUACCAGAAAAUUUUGAUCCCCAGGGGGCGCCCUCUUGUUGGUCCGCCAAGAACCGACGGAAGUUUGGCAGCUCUCUCCGGGGCCCUCUGGCUUGGUAAGAACCGCAAGCUCCCAAAAUCAUGAUCCGUGGGCAGUUGUUCCUGCCGUCUAAACUCGGGCGCUGAUGUCUUACCUGUUCAACGGACCAGGUAAGCUUUGCCCAGAGGCAGGAGACUGGUCGCGGAGGACAGCGGGACAAGUAGUAGUCGCCGGGAGUCGGGAAGGCGGGAUGCGCGGGCGGACGGGGAGGCUCGGGCUGGGGCACCGCCCCGGCGCCUCCGCGCACACCCGGAAGCGACGCGCGGAGCGGAGCCUGGCGGGCGUGGGAACCCAGGCCCGGCCGAGGCGGCCAGGAGGAGAGAUGGCAGCUGGGUCAAAUGGGCAGGAAGAGUGGGUGGGCAGCGCAUACUUGUUUCUGGAGUCCUCGCUGGACAAGGUGGUCCUGUCCGAUGCCUACGCACACUCCCAGAAGAAGGUGGCGAUAUAUAAGGCUCUGCAGACAGCAUUGGCAGAAAGUGCCGAGAGCCCGGACCUGCUGCAGAUACUCAAGAUCCACCGCAGCGACCCGCAGCUGAUAGUGCAGUUGCGUUUCUGCGGGCGCCAGUCCUGCAGCCGUUUCCUCCGCGCUUACCGCGAGGGGGCGCUGCGCGCCGCACUGCAGAAAUGCUUGGCGCCGGCGCUCGCCCGGCACUCGGUACCGCUGCAGCUGGAGCUGCGCGCAGGCGCGGAACGGCUGGAUGCUUGGCUGACCGAUGAGGAGCGCUGUGUGAAUUACAUUUUAACCCAGAAGCCCGACCGACUCCGGGACGAGGAACUCGCUGAGCUGGAGGAUGCGCUCCGCAAUCUGGCGUGCGGCUCGGCCCGCCAGGGUGGCGACGUGGAGAUCGCUCCAGCCGCCUCGCAGUCCCUGGUCUCCUCUCCGUCGGAGGAGAAGCCGCCGCCCGCGUCUGGCCAGACUUUUCUGUUCCAGGGUCAGCCCAUAGUGAACCGGCCGCUGAGCCUGCAGGACCAACAGACGUUCGCACGCUCAGUGGGCCUCAAGUGGCGCAGGGUGGGGCGCUCACUGCAGCGCGGCUGUCGGGCGCUGCGGGACCCCGCGCUCGACUCGCUGGCCUACGAGUACGAGCGCGAGGGGCUGUACGAGCAGGCCUUCCAGCUGCUGCGGCGCUUCGUGCAGGCCGAGGGCCGCCGCGCCACGCUGCAGCGCCUCGUGGAGGCGCUCGAGGAGAACGAGCUCACCAGUCUGGCGGAGGACCUGCUGGGCCUUACAGAUCGUGAUGGCGGCCUAGCCUAGGCCCGCUAACGAGGAAGGGGAGGACGGCCAAGAGCUCAGCCAGAAUUUGGAGGGCUUGCAUGGCCCUAGGUGCUUUCUACCACUGCUGCUGCUAUAGUUGCCCCCUCCCUUCCUUCCAUCCACGGAACUCUGAGCAUACACCCCACACACACGUCGCUGAGGUGCUGAGAGAGAGAGAGAGGAAGCGUUGACUGCCUUCCCCAGCAUCCACACACUCAACCACCGAGCUCGUGGAGGGCAGCACUGGCGAUUUUGCCCCUUUGAUGGAGAAAGUGUGACCAAUUGUCAUCCUCUCAUUCAUUGGAUGAUGACUCAUUAAGCACUUGGACUAAGGCUGGGUAUGGUAGUACAUGCCUGUAAUCCUAGCACUUGGGAGGCCAAGGAAGGAGGAUCCCAAACUCCAGGCCAGCCUGGGCUAGGCAUGGAGACCCUGUCUAAAAAUAAAUAAAAAAUUAAAAACAAACGAAUACCUUCAGGGUCCUAGGCAUCACCCCAGGUGCUGGAAAUACUGCCUGUCCCCAGCACACUCAAUGUGGGACCAGAGACCUCCGCAGAGGUAAUAAAGUGUAACCUUUUUGCAUUCAGUGAGUUGUGGAAGCACAGAGAUUAGG